AAGAACAACACAGCUAUUACAACUGAGGAAUCUGAAGCUCGCAGUUCGUCGCCAUCAAAGAAGAAGAAAAACAAAAAGAAGAACAAGAAAAAGAACCAAUCCAAUAACAAUAGUCAAAUUGACCUUUCAGAAAAUACUACUGAGGCGGGCUUGGUGGAUAAUGUUCAUGAUUCAGAGAUUCCGCAAGAGCCUGAAGAAAGUCACGAGGCUGGACAAGACACUAAAGUUGAGGAAGAAAACCCAAAUAUUGUAUCCGAGCCUACAGAGGAUGUCAUUCCAACAGAAAUAAACAAAUCAGAAAAUAUCAUAGCUGAAGUUGAUGAUGCUGUGAAAGAGAAAGCAGGUGAAGAGUUGAAUGUUGAAGAUUCCGUUAAACCUGAAACUAAGCCUGAAGAAUUGGAAGAGAUCAUACCAGAACCAAUUAACGAAGAGGAACAAAUAGAAAUGAAAGUUGAUGAAGCCGUUGAGGUUGAUGAUGAACCUACCCAAAUAUCAGAACCACCAAUUAGUCAAUCUACUGAUCCAUUGGUUGAAACUGAAGAAUUAAAGAACGAGACAUCCACUUUGGAAGAUAAAUUGAAAGAAUUAGAGAUUAUUACGGACGCUGAAGCUGAAGCUGAUCCAAAGGUUGAAGAGAAAGUGCUACAAUCACCUUCAUCCAUUGUUCCUAUCAAAGCUACUCCACCAGAACUUCCUGAUAGAUCUAUUGUGGCACCUCCUGCUUUGCCUAAAAGACAUGAACAACAACCACCAGAGGUGCCAGAUAGAAAUAUUCCACCAGAGCUUCCAAAAAGACAUGAUGAUGGCUUAAAACAGUUCAAGAUCAAAACAGAAUCUGAAAAAUCGGUUGAACUUGAAGAAAACUAUGAUUUGUUGUUAAGUAGAUUAAGUGAGAAUAAUGAAGAAUAUCAAGCAAAAGAUGAAAUUUCCAAAGAACAAAUCAAUACAUCUGCAAACACAUUAAGAACAUCCUUUGCUGAAAAAGUGUCUACAUUGGAAAAGGAAACCGAAGGUGAUACUACUGCUGAUGAUUCUGAAAUUCAUAAAGUUGAUUGGCCAUUCUGGACUCAAGUUGUCAAUGAUUAUGCUUCAGUUGUUAAAUCUGAUCCAUCUAAAUUAGCAAAAGAAUUAUCUAGUGGUAUUCCAAAGCAAAUUAGAGGUAUUGUUUGGCAAUUGGUUGCAAAUUCAAAUCCGGUAGAAUUUGAGCAAAAAUUCAAAGAAUUAGAAUCACAAACUAGUCCAUUUGAAAAAAAUAUCAAUAAAGAUCUAUCAAGAACAACGUUUAUCUCAGAUUAUGGCUUGGAUGUUGACUCUUUGUUUAAAAUCAUCAAGGCUUAUUCAGUAUUGGAUUCAGAAGUUGGUUACACACAAGGUAUGGCAUUUAUCACAGUUCCAUUAUUGAUGAAUAUGGGUGAACUUGAAUCCUUCAGCUUGUUACAUAAAUUAAUGUUUGGUUAUAACAUUAGAUCCUUAUAUUUGCCAGAAAUGCCAGGUCUUCAUUUGAAAUUAUAUCAAUUUGAUAGAUUGUUGGAAGAUAUGUUGCCAAAUCUUCAUUCUCAUCUUUUGAGACAAGGUGUUAGAUCGUCAAUGUAUGCAUCUCAAUGGUUUUUAACAUUUUUUGCCUAUAAAUUCCCACUUGAGUUUGUUUUAAGGAUUUUUGAUAUUAUCAUCACUGAAGGUUUUGAAUCAAUUUUAAAAUUUGCUGUUGCUUUAAUGCAAGCCAAUGAAUCUAAAUUGAUAACUUUAAACUUUGAUGAUCUUCUGGAAUUCCUCAAAGAAAGUUUGUUUAGUGCAUAUUUGAUUCACGAUGUUAUUACUGUUGAUACUUAUGACGUGAAUAAGUUUGUUGAAGAUGCAACUAAUGUUAAAGUCUUGCCGAUCACAUUAAAGAGAUAUGAAGAAGAAUAUCAAGAAAUUCAUCGUGUGGAGAAAGAAAGACAAGAGGAAGUUGAAGAAUUAAGACUAAGAAACACUCAACUACGGAAAGAAAUUAGAAAGAUUGAAUCUGGUUAUACUUUGUUGAAUAGGGAACAUGUUCAAAUUGCUAAUGAGAUGAUCAAUGGAAGAAUGACAAUUGCAACAUUAGAGGAUGAAAACAAAGAUUUGAAAGAACAAAAUCACAACUUGCGUGAACGUGUUAGAAGUUAUCAAGUCCAAGAAAAUAUUCCUGUGCCAACUGAUCUUGAAGAGGAUCUUAAGAGAACAAUGGAUAGAAAUCUUGAAGUAAUGACAAAGAAUCAAGAACUUGAAGAUCAAAUUUCCCAAUUAUUACAAGAAGUUGAAGAUUUGAAAGCUAAAAGUGUUAGCCCUGAACCACAACCACCAUCCUCUCCGGUGCACAAACAAUCACACUGGACAAAAAAAUUAUUCAAAUAA